UGCGGAGCCACAGCGGAUGGCACAAAGUCUUUCUUCUCCUUCCAAGUUCCAAUUCGACGCCAAUAAACCCGUAAUCAAACCCCCGACCAGUUCUCUGCUCGCCCGAUUGUUUCUUCCCCUUCCCGGCGCGAACUUUCCUUCCUUCCUUCCGACCACCAAAAUUUCCAGUUAAAAGUCCGCAGUUUCCCGAUCCGCUCCCGCCCGCCAAAGAACCCGCGCAUCCGCCUCCCUGACAAGGAAAAGCUUCUGGAUUUUUCUUCCGCGGCGCGCUUCUCGCCGGCUGCCAGGAUGCGCAACCUUCUGUCGGAUUCGUUUGAGAUCAGCAAAGGGGAGCAAGCCCCCGGAAAUGUGGAUAUUGAACUAGGUUUGCAGGGCGAUACGGCGAGUUCCGCGCAGCCUGGUUUUAAAGGUUUCUUCGAACAGGUCAGGGAAAUCGAGAAGCUGCUCGAAACAUUGACAAAGCUACUGAAGGAUCUUCAGAACUCAAAUGAGGAAUCAAAAGUUGUAACUAAGCCUGCAACUAUGAAAGAGAUCAAAAAGCGCAUGGAGAAGGAUGUUAACGAAGUGACAAAGGUUGCACGGCUAGCAAAAUCAAAACUAGAGCAAUUGAAUAAAGAAAAUCUUGCAAACAGAGAAAAGCCAGGCUUUGGCAAGGGAUCAGGUGUGGACCGAUCGCGGACCACAACGACUGUUGCAUUGACUAAGAGAUUGAGGGAGCGCAUAUCGGAGUUUCAGGCGCUGAGAGAAGUAAUCCAGACGGAGUACAAGGAAGUUGUGGAGCGGCGUGUUUUCACCGUAACUGGCGAGCGUGCUGAUGAAGAGACAAUUGACAGGCUGAUAGAAACAGGCGACAGUGAGCAAAUCUUCCAACGAGCUAUUCAGGAGCAAGGCCGUGGAAGGGUGCUCGACACACUCCAAGAGAUCCAGGAGCGGCACGACAUAGUGAAAGAGAUUGAGAAGAAGCUCCUUGAGCUGCAGCAGGUUUUCCUUGACUUGUCUGUGCUGAUCGAGGCUCAAGGCGAUACCCUGAACAACAUCGAGGCGCAGGUUACCAAUGCAGCCGACCAUCUUCAGACGGGAACGAACCACCUCCAGAAGGCGAAGGUCCUGCUGAAGAGCAAGCGGAAAUGGACAUGCAUCGCGAUCAUCCUCCUCCUGAUCGUCGUCCUCAUCGUCGUCCUCUCGUUGAAACCGUGGUCGUGGGGGAACAAAAAUGCAUGAUGUCAUCCUGGUCAGGUUGGCUUUGGUUGGUGAUGUUUAUUGUAUAUAUAGUUCCAGCCGUGUAUAUGCCAUGUGAAUUUUUGGGGUGUGGACUCUGUUCCAUUUUUGUGAUUCCAAUAAUAACCAUCACGCAGCUUGUGAGACAACUCCCACAA